AUGUCGCCUCCAUCCGCUCAACCAGCCAAGGAGCUCACCUCGACUCUUCCCUCGCUUCCUCCGACGACCCCAUCUCCUGCCCCGACUCCAUCUUCCUCUGAGCUCUUCGACAAAGACGAGAAGAAGCUCGACGACUCGCCUGAAACGUCUCUCGCACCGGGCGAAUACAACCCAGCUGUGACGGGCCAUCCAUGGCGGAUCAAAGGACCAACUUUGUUGCUCGUCUUGUUCCUCACCCUCGGGUCAAACUUUGCAAGCUCGUCGAUUAGUCCGCUCAAGUCAACUCUGAAGAGGGAGCUCGGGGUCGACAACGCCCAGUAUGCCAACCUCGACACGGCCGACUCGCUCAUCAACACGGUCUUGCCCAUCUUGAGCGGUAUAGCCAUCGACUACUUCGGACCCAUCGCCGGCGCACUCUACUCCUCAAUCGUCAUCCUCCUCGGCACGAUCCUCGCCGGCGUCGCCGCAAGCACCCGCUCCUACCCUCUCUUCCUCGUCGCAAACAUCAUCACCGGUCUCGGUUCCUCAACCAUCGAGACCUCUCAGAGCAAAUUGUACUCGUUCUAUUGCCUCGGCGGGGGCAUCAUGGGGUUUGUGUAUGGGCUUGAUAUCGGGAUUGGGAGGGUGUAUAACUUGGCGGGCAAGUUGAGCGCUGUGCCCAUCAUGGAGGGCACCGGCUCCUACGCCUGGACAUUUUGGGUCUCCGCCAUCCUCUGCGCCUUCACCUUCCUCCUCACCGUCUCUCUCGCUCUCUACGAACGCACCUUCCCCGCCUGCGCACGCGUACCAACAGGCCGCCAAGCCGCCGUCUUCGCCGCUAAACAACUCGCACCUGGACAGGCGCCGGCUUCGUUCGGCAGACGGUGGAAGGAGGAGAGGAAGUAUUUCGUCAUGUCGCUCAUGGCGCUGCCCGCGUGUUUCUGGAUCAUGGACGUCUCGCAGCUCCUCCAGGCCGGAGCGGUCAACGCCUAUACGUCCAACUUGGCCGACGCGAUCUCGACUACUCGGAACAAGUCGAAGGCUGCAGCAGGAUACACUUCCGCCAUUGGCCAGAUCAUUCCCAUCGUCCUCACCCCCUGCCUCGGCAUGAUCUUUGACCGUUUCGGCCGCCGCAUGCACUGGGUGACCUGGACCGCCUCACUCUACGUCCUCGUCUUCGCCCUCCUCGCCUACACCACCGUCCAGCCGCUCGUCCCGUCGAUCCUCGGCUCGCUUGCGCUCGCGACGAAUGUCUUGCCGUGGAUUGCGUCGAUUCCGUUGCUGGUGCCGGAUCAGGCGAGGUUGGGGACCGCGUUUGGGGUGUACAAGAGCCUCAAUAGCUGCGGCUCAGUCAUUGUCACCGUCGCAGCUGGCGCAAUCCAAGACCGUACCAAGCCCGGGCGAACCGAAUACAACACCGUUUUCGCCUUCCUGAUCGCCAUCAAAGCCUUCGACGUCCUCCUCGGUUUGUCCUACAACCUCUUCGACAAGCGCUACCUCCAUGGUGUCCUCAGAUCGAAUGACAAGCAGCUGAGGAGGUUGGAGGAGGAGAUGAGUGAGGAGGAGAGGUUGAGCGGCCUGCGCAAGCCGAUCAAGGCGGUGACGGUUGCGGCGCUGGGUGUGGUCGGUGCGAUGAUCGUCACGGCGUGGGUGUUGUAUCUCGUGUAUGCCGUCUGA